AUGGGUUCCCUUCCAAUCCUAUCUGUUGUUGAACAGUCCCAAGUAUGGCCACCACCAGCCACCGUUGACGACACGUUGCUACCGCUUAGUUUCUUCGACUUCAUGUGGAUACGUCAACCCCCCGUCCACUAUCUUUUUUUCUAUGAACACUCUGUUACUGAAACCCAUUUCCUUGAAACAAUCGUACCCGAUCUUAAAAACUCCUUAUCAGCCACUCUUCAAUAUUUUUAUCCCUUUGCAGGUAACUUGGUCGUUUACCCGACUUCUAAAAAACCAGAAAUUAGUUACGUUCAAGGUGAUUCUCUUGCGGUUACAUUCGCUAAAUGUAACCUUGCUUUCAAAGAACUAACAGCAAACCAUCCCCGGGACUGUGACAAGUUUUACCAUCUUAUAAGUCCACUAGGCGAUGCUGUUAAAACAUCCGAUUAUACUAGGAUCCCGCUCUUUUCUGUACAAGUGACAUUUUUCCCAAACCAUGGCAUCUCUAUCGGAAUGACAAAUCACCAUAGCCUAGGUGAUGCUAACACACGGUUUUCUUUCAUGAACGCGUGGACAUCUAUUGCUAGAUCGGGUAACACUGAUUCUUUUCUAAGUACCGGCAAGUUGCCAUUAUAUGACAGAGUGGUUAAAAACCCAAAACUAGAUGAAAGUUAUCUAAUGUUUGUCAAGGCCGAAACUUUCAAAGAAGAUUAUCAACCUCAAAUCCUAUCAGGCCCAACUGAUAUACAACGGGCUACUCUUAUUUUGACCAGAAAUGUUCUUAAUCAGUUGAAGAAGAGAGUAUCAGAGAAACUACCAACAUUAGCUUAUGUGUCAUCUUUUACGGUGGCAUGUGCUUAUAUAUGGAGUUGCAUAGCCAAAACACGCAACGAUGAGCUACAACUAUUUGGUUUUGUGAUCGAUUGUAGGGCACGAAUGGAUCCCCCAAUCCCUGUUGCCUACUUUGGUAACUGUCUUGGGGGAUGUAUGACAAUAGAGAAGACGACUCUUUUAACUGGAAAAGAAGGGUUCAUUACUGCUGCAAAGGUGCUUGGAGAAAACCUACAUAAGACCCUAACAGAUAAUGAUGGAAUCCUCAAAGAUAUAACAUUCUACGGAGAACUAUUUAAGAAUGGAAUGCCAACAACUAUGAUCGGUGUUGCUGGAACUCCCAAGCUGAAGUUUUAUGACAUGGAUUUCGGAUGGGGGAAACCCAAAAAGGUCGAAACAAUUUCCAUUGAUUAUAAUGGGUCGAUAUCUAUGAACUCCUGCAAAGAAUCGAAUGAAGAUCUGGAGAUUGGUGUUUGCCUUUCGACUAAUGAGAUGGCAGUUUUUGUUCGUAUAUUUGACGAGGCAUUAGAAACAUACCUUUAG